UUUAUUUAUAUGAAAUUUAAGGACAUUUUAUCCAUUUAAGCCAAUUUUGAAUGAUCAUCACAGACACGUCAGCAAAUACAAAUUACAUCAGCACCGUUCCGAGCUCGAGGAUGCUUCGCUGCGAUCAUGAAAACGACACCCCGACUCAACAUGAUAUCAGAACCGCCACCAUGCGACACAAAAUUCAUUCUCCGAUCGCCGAUGAAUCACCGCCAAUCCUUCCCGACGAUAUCGUCGUCGCGAUCCUGCUCAGGCUUCCGGUAAGAUCACUUCUUCAAUUCAGGUGUGUAUGCAAAUCAUGGAAAACCCUAAUCUCCGAUCCCCAAUUCGCUGAAAACCAACUUCAACUCUUUACCGUGAAUCCAACCAUAGCCCACCAACAUUUAUCGUCUUCAACAGUCACCCGGACCUGCAAAAUCGUAUCUUUCCCUGUUAAACCACUAUUUGCAAACCCAUCAUCACCUGUUGCACCCAUUAGCGUUGAUAUGAAUGGCAGGUACCAUAUUCUAGGUUCAUGCAAUGGAUUGCUUUGUUUGUAUGAAUUCCAAUUAGGCUGUGUUAGAUUGUGGAACCCUUCUACUAGAUUGAUGUCCAAAACAUUUGCUGUGAUUGAUGAUAUUGUAAUAAGAUGUUAUGGCUUUGGCUAUGAUCCUGUUAAUCACAAGUACAAAGUGCUAGUAGUUAUGAGUGAUUGUAAUGAACCUGCUACUAAACUUUAUGCCUUUGGUGAAAAUUCUUGGAAAACCAUUCAGGAUUUCCCCGGUACUCCUCCUACUGGGCCAGGGAAACAUGUCAACGGUACUCUGAAUUGGUUUCCGACAGAAGAAGGUUUUGAUUGUAAUCAAUGGGUGAUUCUUACCUUUGAUUUGGUGAAGGAGACUUACGGCAAACUGUCGCUACCUAAACAAGAUAACGGUGGCAGUAUUUUCAAUCCUGUACUAGAUGUCUUGAGUAAUUGCCUAUGUGUGUGUUUUGACCAUAGUGGAACUCUAUGGUUGAUGAAACAGUAUGGAGUUACUGAGUCUUGGACUAAAUUGAUGAUCAUCCCUCGUGGAGAUGGCUGGCAAGCCACAUAUCAGCGUUCUUUUAGACCCUUGUGCAUUUUGGAAAAUGGCAUUAUUUUGGGAAAAACUCCAUGUUCCGGUUUAGUUCGGUAUGAUACAAAUACUGAACUACUUGCUAGUAGUAUGCUGAGCCAAUUUGGUACUAAAGGACCAAGCGAUGAUAGCAAGGGUGUUGUAAUCUUGGAAGGGGAUCCGGAUAAUGUACUACGAUGCUGGUUUUUGUUGAUAUAGUAUAAGUAGGGAAGUUAACAAGCUGCUACAUACAACGCACCAAAUUUGGCUUCAGAUUUUAUUGCUGGCACAAUUAUUAGUAGCUCAUCUUGUGCACUGCUUGUAUUUAAGUGUCACUUUUUCUCCUAUUAAAAUUCUCUUGACUAAGGAUGUUAUUUGAUAUAUUAUAAAUUUAUUUAUAACAAGCUUUGGGGUAGUUAGUUUAA